GUGUAAUUUCCCUUCAAUAUUCUUGGCAUCUCACAACUACUCCUAUAUAAUAGUAAGUAGGUUCUCUUGUUCAUUUUACAAAGAGAUAUGCCAAGCACGAGAAAUCUGAGGAACCUCAACCUCAACCGUUGUUUCUCAAAUUCCACUACUACUCCUGAAUCAAAAUCAUCCCCUCCUAAUAAAAACCCCAUUGCUACUAUUGAAACCCCCUCACACCAUUCUAUUCAUCACAACACUCCAUGUCCAUCACCUUCAAUUAUGAUAAAAAACUUCAACUCUCUCUAUGACCCUUCCUUAACCUUUGACAACUCUUUCUACUCCUCUUCCUUCUCCACCACCAUCACCACCUCUACCGAACUCGAGGCUGAACCCGAACCUGAACCCGACUUAGCCGCCGCAUUUGCCUCGAAACGCUUCUUCUUCUCCUCCCCCGGGCAUUCCAACUCCCUCAUGAAAUACACAAACACCAAAAAAAUCAUCCAACAUUCUUCACCAUUGACAACCAUCAAAGAUGAGCCCAAUGGUGAAGAUGAGAAGACAAAAAAGAAGAAGAAGAAGGUUGUGUUCAACGGAAGCGUGGCGGUCCCGACAUACUCUCCGGACCCUUACCUGGACUUCCGGCGGUCAAUGCAAGAGAUGGUGGAGGCGCGGCCAGAGUUGAUGAUGGAUGUGAAGUCCAAUUGGCACGUUUUGCACGAGCUCCUUAUGUGCUACCUUGCGCUGAACCCCAAGAGCACACACAAAUUCAUUCUUGGUGCAUUUUCUGAUCUUCUUGUUAGUCUCUUGCCCUUCUAAAGAUCCAGGCAGAGAAAAUAGUGACAAGUCCAUAUCAAUAAACAAGUACAUCUCAUCACUUAAUCGGUGUUUGAUUGUGCAGAAUCGUUGCAUACAGACAAUGAGUGGCUCAGAAAUAUCAGUAAAAUAAAAAUUGGCAAACAGACAGAAUCAAGGAAUCUUAAUCUUGUGUCCCCUUCCAUCAUUUUUAUCGCUAGCUGGAUUCUUGAUUUUUCUAAUGAGAUGCUUCGGAUAAGCCACGCUGCAGAUUCAUUCAAUAAUUUUUUUGGGAUCUUUAGCUUUUCUUUUUCCAUUUAUUAGCUAUAGCAAUUGUGACUUUGAGACAUCCUAAUAGUAUUUCGAUCUACCUUUCCUUCUUACA